UAAUUAGAGUGAACAAGUCCCCCAACGUUGAACACCAACUAGAAGAUACGAAGAGAUGUCAGCGGCGCAAAUAUCAUGGAUGGCAUAUCCCACUGCCCUCCCCAAAGUUUGAAAAUUUUUCUGUUUUUCGUUCGCCAUAAGCGAAAAAUGUUUGCUUUUUCCCUGUGUUUUUUGGAAAAGUUUUUGUUAACCCACUCUCCAAAUUAUGGUGACUACUGGCCUCCAGCGUGAAAAUGGGUUGCGGACUGAACAAUCCCCACAUCUUUGAACCUUAAUUGCGCUCCUGAGAGCUGUAUAUCGAAAAUCUGUGGAAUAGGGUAAAGGUCCACUUUUCUCGUCAUAUAUUUCAACGCGCAUUCUCAAUCGUGUUUCACAAAAUAAUAAGAAGAACAAAAAUUUAAAAACGUCAAAAUCUUUAAAAAUAGUUUAAAAACGGAAAGGGUUUUGAGUGCAUUUUGCGGCACCCAAGAUAGGUAACUUAUAGGAAAUCAUAAGGCUACCGUUUACGAAUUUCUUAUACAUGAAAUGUUGAAUUUCCCUGGGCAACGCCGAGUACUUCGGCUAGUACCGUAUAUUUCAUAGAAUACAAAACAUAUUCAAGAAAUUUAAAAUACAUAGUCUCUUUUCAAAGAAUUAUUUAUAUAAAUUUUCUUCUCAUAAAUAUUGUUUUGUAUUUUCUAGGAUGAUUUACCUAUUCUGAAGUGUUUCUCAUUAACAUAUAAUUUAAUUGAAGCUUAUGAUGCACAAGUUGUACCUCUUCUUCGUCGUAUGUUAUAUCUCGAAGAAUUAACUUUGUAUCUUUCUAUUAAUAAUCGAGCUAUAUUCGUAGAUGGCACAUAUCUUUAUAAUGAAAUCCUCAUUCAUAUGCCACAACUUCGUACAUUUAGCUUUUAUAUUCGUACUCAAAUUGACAUUGGUAAUUCAAUUCAUCAGUUAUCCAUUAAUGAUAUUGAACAAACUUUUAAUAAAGUACAAUAUCAAUAA